AUGCCAUCUGUUCAACCGGCAGCUCCAGCAGCACCAUCUGUGGACCUGGCCGCAGAGGUAGCAAGGUUAAGAGAACAGUUGAGACUAAGAGAUGAGGAACUAGCAAAAGCUAGACAAGCACCGAAACAAGUCCCACCAACUUUUGAGGGGAAAGCUGAUCCACUGGUGGCAGAAGAUUGGUUAAGGUCGGUUGAGGCUAUUUUUGAUCAUAUGGAGUUAGAUGACCGCCAAAGGGUUUCCUGCGCAAUUUAUCUGCUUAAAAUGGAUGCAUGGAUUUGGUGGGAUGUGACUAAACAGACCCGUGAUCCAAAUACCAUGACUUGGACAGAGUUUUUCCAGGCAUUCAGUAGGAAGUAUUACAGUCCAACUGUGCUAGCAACUAAGGUUGAUGAAUUUAUAACUCUGGUACAAGGGAAUCUUUUGGUCACUGACUAUGCACAGAAGUUCGAUCGAUUGACCAAAGUUUCCCCUGAAGUGGUGCCAACUGAUGCAUUGCGAGUCCAGAGGUUUGUAAGGGAACUCAAACCGAUGAUCGCGAGGGACAUGAGGAUGACCAGUGCUGAAGUGGUCAGUUAUGCAGAGGUACUGGAUAGAGCUCUUGAAGCUGAAUAUUUGGAAGAACGGAUAUGGAAGGAUAAUGCCGCUAGAAGAGAGAACAACCGCAACAAGAGCUUCCACAAGAGCAACAAGAGAAAGGCUAAUGAAAGGCAUAAUAGUGGAGUUGAUAAAAGACCUAGACCUCCGGCCACGAAUAGCAGAAUUCACAACUCUCAGAACCAUAACACCCGCAGCAACCGCUUCAAUGACCGAAACCGUGGGAACCAACAAGGCAACCGAGUCGAGCAUCCUAUUUGUCCUAAAUGCUCGAAGAGACACCCAGGAGAGUGCUAG